AUGUCUUCCUCGCCUGCCAACAAGAGAUCGGGUGCGGGGUCCCGCAGAUUCAACCCUCUGAAGGCUCUGCAGCAGCCCAAGCGCCGGCUGCAGCAAAUGCUGGCUGCUCAGGUGGCCCAGAGGGCCCUGCCUCUGCCACCGCCAUCACCGUCCCCCUCUCCGUCCCCGUCCCUGCUCCCCUCUUUUGACUAUUGCAGGUUCAUAGAGCUAGACUACAUCCCCAUGGAGACGGGGGGUUUCAUGGUGUCCAUGCGGCCCACCAGAGGAUGCCUCACGCAGAAGUCGCCCGAGAGACACUGCAGGCGCUCCCCGGCCCCCGUGAGCAGCAGGGACCCGUACGGCAACGCCUCCCUCAGCAGCAGCAGCACCUCGGGCUCCUGCAAGGGAAGCGACUGCAGCCCCACACACAGGUACAGAGCAAAGUACACCUCAUGCACAGACAACCAUGGCAUCCGGCCGCCCCCUCCGGAGCAGUACCUGACGCCCCUGCAGCAGAAGGAGGUGUGCAUACGACACCUGCGCGCUCGCCUCAAGGAGACCGUGGAGGUGCUGCAGGACAGGGACUCUGAGAUCGAUGAGCUGCGUGGGCAGCUGUCUCGUAUGCAGGAGGACUGGAUUGAGGAGGAGUGCCAUCGCGUGGAGGCCCAGCUGGCCCUCAAGGAGGCGCAGCGUGAGAUCCAGCAGCUGCAGGAGGUAGUGGAGGUGGUGCGCACCUCCCUGACUCCCUCCUCCUCCGGCCAGCCUGACGGCCCUCCGCCCGACACGGGCGUCAUGCACAAGUGCUUCCAGGACAUCCACCUGCAGAACCACAAGCUGGAGACGCUGCUGCACAGCCUGGAGAUGGCACAGGCCGGCAGUACACACAGGCACCAGCAGGGGGAGACGGGGGGUCGAGCAGUGGCAGAGGAUGGCGCUGUAAUGGUUGUGGUGCCUGGUCAAGUAGCGUCUGGGAUGGGGCGAGGGGAGGACGGGAUAGGGGUGGCGGUGGGUUCCGGAAUGGGGAUCACGUCAGCGAUGGGGGGAGGGGAGGGCCCGGCUAUGGUGCCGGCGGAAGAGGAGGGGGGCGAGGGGGUGGGGAUGUCGGGGUCGGCGGUGGUCGGCCCGGCGAUGACCUCCGCGAUGGCGACGGCGACGGCCCCGGUGAUCGGCGGCGGCGGGUCGUCGUUGUCGUCGUGCGAGGGCUCGCCGGCCCGCUCGCUCACCCGCAGCUCCACCUACACCAAGCUCAGCGAGCACGCCGCCCCCGGAGACCGCAGCAGCUGCGGCAGCACGUGCGGGAGCUUCGCCUGCCUGUCCACCGAGGGCACCCAAGACAGCGGCUUUGUGUGCUGCGGAGACAGCCAGCGCGCCAGCCACACCGACCUGCUCCUGGAGGCGGCAUUGCUGUCCAAAGAGACGGCCAGUCUGCUCAGCUCCUACUCCUACUCCCUGCCCCACUCCUCCUCCACCUACGAGCACAUGGUGCCCCUGCACUACGCCCUGGGAGGCCCCUCGGGCAGCGCCAGCCACCCCUGCCUCUCGCACCACCACCUCUACCUGCACCACCUGCGCGAGCAGGGCAUCCAGACGGACUGCAGCACCGUCGCGCCCAUGUCCGCCCCGGCGCAAGGAUACGGUAACAACAACAAUGACCUGGACACCAUCGCCGAGCAGCGUACGUUCCGCUCGCAGGCGUGCAGCCCAACCUCCACGUGGAUGUCGGACGAGGGGGAGGACGAGGAGCUUGACGAGUCGGUGACCACGGUGUCGGUUACCACCACGACCAUGACGGCUACCACCACCGCCCCCGAGCCUGCCUCGCUGCUGCUGCCGGCGGACCCCACGGAGCCGGACCUGGAGCCUGUGGCUCUGCCCCUGGACCCGCCGUCACAGCUCUCACUGGAAAAGCCACCGGAACAGCCACCAGAACAACUAACGGAGCAGCUAACGGAACAGCUAACGGAACAGCUGUCGGAGGACUCCCUAAACCAGCGGAUGGGAGAGCCAAGCGAGGAGCCGGAACCGCUGCUCACCUCCCGCUCCUGCACAUGCUCCUGCUCGUCCUCCUCUGGCCCUCCCCCACCACCCACACAGGUGGACAAGCAGCGCACUCAGGCUAACGGCGACGCCAAGCACCGCUCUCUCUCCGACUCCACGUCCAAGCGCCGGUCUCACUCUUACGCCGACUCCAAGCGACGCGCUCACUCAGACUCCGCCUACAUCUCCCGGGAUCACGGUCUGGCCACACCCCAGACCUGCCAGCCCCGUGGCUCCGGCUCCCCCGUCGGCUCUCUGGCGAAUGGCAUGACAGUGGUGGAUCUCAGCCAUGAUAGUGGUGAGGGUGAAGAUGGCAAUCGGGAAGGGCAAGAGGGGGGAAGUGGCGAGCAGGGCGGCAUGGCAACAGUGGAGGGCGGGGCCGAGGGAGGGGCUUCAGGCCCGGUCGUCAAGAGCUACUGGAGCCGCCACUUCCUGGUGGACCUGCUGGCUGUGGCGGUGCCCGUGGUGCCUACGGUGGCCUGGUUGUGCCACGCCCCGCGCCGCGAGGGACAGCCCCUCUACCACUUCGGCUCUCUGCUGCGCGGCUGCUGCACGGUGGCUCUGACCUCGCUGCGGCGUGGAGGAGGGUACCGGCACUAUCCGGCCGGCAGCGGGGGGCCACCUGCACAGAUCUGA